UGGGUUAAUAAUCAGCGAACCCAGACCAACUAGUCUCCAGACUCUCCUCUAGAGAUUACACAUUCUGAUGAUGGCUACUGGUAGCCUCGUAUGCAUAUAAUGAUGGAUGCUGUGUUUGUUCGUACGUGUGACUGCUGUCAUGCCUACUGGAGCCAAAAGCGCACUCUGCACUUUGUGUGCAGUGUGCUUCUGUGAAGGGCCUGACCUGCAGUGUACUCCUGCUAAAUCAACCGAACCGCUUGUAAGAGCCAGAGUGUCCUCUCACAGGAAAAUAUCCAUUCAGUUUCGCCAUUCGGUUCCCUGCACCAACUUCUCGUUUCCCCAACUUUGCCUCUGGAAUUUGGCCCACAGACGCCGUUUCGCCGUCAUUGGUUGUCGUGUGCUGCUUGGCGAGUCAGAGAGGGCGAGCGAGAAGUCCUUCCUGGGGUCUCAUCUGGUCCUUCCCCCUCAAUGGUGGGAAGGUCUUCCAGCCAUUCGUAGCCGACUAUAAUAUUGAAAAUGGGUCGUCGCGCUGAGCCUUUCGUGCACGGGGUUGAAGGUUCAGUCUAGAGAUUCUGGCGGAGCAGAGCGUAGCAACCUGUGGGCUUUUACUCCCUUCCGUAUCUAUGGGAUUGGUUGUGUUCAGUUCACUUCCAGGCUCUUCAUCACUGAGCUACAAAUUAGAGCUUCGCGAACAUUUGUGGAAGUUCGUCGCCGUCAAGCUGUGUCAGGCAGAUUAAGCUUCUCCUCGUGAGGUGCAAGUGGUACAAGAGCAGGGCGAAUUCCUUCUUCUCAAUCUCUUCAGUAGGCACUAGCACAGGCACCCUGCACAAAAUAGAGCUAGUUGCGGAAUGUCACGGAAAUUGGUAGUCGGCUGUCUUCAGUUGGCUGUGAUUCUUCUGACUGUAGUGUCGACCUCCGGAAGAUGUGGGGUGACAGAAUGCUCUUCAGCUCAACCGAACCUGCUGCUAGCUCUGCCUGGAGAUGGUGAAAGCAAGGUGGCAAAGAACGAGGACGUUCCCGGCGUCGAUCAUCGAAUCCUCCACAAACCUAGGUCUGAGAAUCUGGCAAUAAGCGCCAUCGAGGACGAGCUGCAGUGGGUCACAGAAUUCUCAUCAUCGCGGAGAGUCCUCCAGUCGGCGUCAUGUCCCCUCGAUUUGUCCGGGCUGAGCAAUUUCCCAUGGUUCGUGCAAACAUGCCAAACUCCCGAAAACAUCACGCAGGACGCCACUUGCUGUGUGGCACUGCGCUCGGCACUCGGACUGGCCGAGGCCGAGUACUUGAGAACGGACGGGCUGUUCAGGCUGGAAGACAAUGCGACCGUGGGAGCUUGCGUGAAGGACCUGGCGAAGCAAUUGCAAGACGACGGUCUGAAGGACAGCAGGAUCGUGGAUGUGUGCUUCCCGGAGAGCGGGUAUGGCAGAUACGUCAGUACUCCCACCAAGUGUGCGGGCAUCGAGACCAGAAGCCAGUACGAGGAGAUGGUGGGAGUGACCGGGUACAAUUCGCUCGAUGAAUCGUGCAAGGGCGAUCUGCAGGAUCUGAACCUGUGCCAUGUUUGCGUGGUGGCAAUGUCGGAAGUGAGCUCUGCGCUCUCAGGCCUCUCGAGCAACAACGUCGACUGCCUGUUCUACACUCUGUGGUACGCCGCCGGCAUCAGCAACGAGCUCGGGCCCUGGCAGCCGGGCACGGCCGAGUGCAUCAUGGCGGUGACGCUGGUCCGAGGAGCCCAGUCGAAGCGGCGCAAUCUGGCCCUGUACCUGGGCAUCGGGGCAGCCAUCGCCGUGGCGGCCUGCGUCGUGUUCUGGGGGGUGUUCCUGUUCCUGUGGAGGAGGAAGAAGGGCGAGGAGCACCGGGCCUUCAUCCAGAGGAACAAGACGCUGCUGCUGAGCAGCAUGCGCCCCAACACCGGGCUCAUCAUGUACGACUUCGACGAGAUCAAGGCGGCCACCAAGAAUUUCUCGCCCAAGAAUUUCGUCGGCGCCGGGGGGUUCGGCGAUGUGUACAGGGGCGUGCUGGAGGACGGGAUGGAGAUCGCUGUGAAGCGCAUGAAGAACGUGACCGUGGAGGGAGACGCCGAGUUCGUGAACGAGGUCGAGGUGAUCAACAGCAUCCGCCACCGAAAUCUCGUCAUCCUGCGCGGCUGCUGCGUCGACAGCACCAACUCCGACGGCCCCCAGCGCCUGCUCAUCUACGACUACCUCCCCAAUGGCAGCCUGCACGAUUACCUCUUCGGCGAUGGCAGCCGCAGCCUCAACUGGAUCGAGAGACGCAGGCUCGCCGUCGGCGUGGCCAAGGGCAUUUCUUACCUGCACAACGACACUCGGCCGCCCAUCAUCCACCGCGACAUCAAAGCCAGCAACAUUCUGCUGGACGAGAAUCUGAAUGCCAAAGUCGCGGAUUUCGGCCUUGCCAAAUUCGCCGUCGAGGGCCAGAGCCACAUGACCACCGCCGUGGCGGGCACUCGAGGCUACAUGGCUCCCGAGUAUGCUCUCUACGGUCAGCUCACGGAGAAGAGCGAUGUUUACAGUUUUGGCGUCGUUCUUCUGGAGCUCAUGAGUGGCAGAGCAGCUCUGGCAGCCGAGGCCGAGGAUAAGACCUUCGGGUAUCAGCAGAUUACGGACUGGGCUUGGGGGAUGGUGAAGAAUGACAGGCUGAUUGACAUCGUGGAUGAGAGCAUACGAGAUGUAGGUCCGCGGGAUGCGAUGGAGAGAUUUGUGCUGGUGGGAAUUUUGUGCUCGCACAUCCUGGUGGCAUGCCGGCCCACCAUGCAAGAGACUCUCAAGUAUUUGGAAGGCGAUAUGCCAGUGCCCGAUAUUCCGGACCGGCCCAUUCCCGUCAACAGCCCCAUGGCUUUGUCUGUAAGUCUCGAUUCCAGCAAACUCUUUCCAGACCUUCGAGCUGCGGGCUCUUCCCUGUGUAGCGAGUUCUCCGGGAGGUCUGCCCAAAUCAGCCCGAAUUCUCUGCUGCGAUGACGGCUGCUGGAAUGCAUCUGCUGGUCACAGUGUAUUGCUUCACACUCGGGCCCUCUUUUGAAGUUUGAUGUGGGCUUUGUUUGGCCUAUCAAGAUAUGGACGAGGAUCAUCGAGGAGUUUCUGCCAGCUGCCUCAGUACAGGGUUCACCUCAGCACUGAAGGGCACAGCUUACUCUUACUGUAUGAGUGCAUGUCUUUACUCGCGAGGUUCUGUAGACGGGCAUGCCGUGUCUUCAUUUCAUGAGCUGACAGAGGGAGGCGCUGCUUCGAGGAGAAAAGGAAGUCGGUGCUCGAGGGUGACUCUUCGUUUGGACGAGAUGCGAAACUGAAGGUACUGAUUUUUCAGGAUUAGGACUAUUACCAAGCUUGUGGGUGCAAUUCAGCUCAUCACCUCGGAGGAAGGACUUGUUUUGAUCGAAAAGAAGUCUGAUAGGAGGGAUUUUUUUAUAGUUUUGGACGGCGAAGUGCAUGGAGGACUGGAAAUACUUUCUUAAACAUCAGCGCUAAUCGGUGUGACCAAUCACUUAGGUGAUUGCCCCUGUCGUGCGCGAAAACUCCUUCACCUCGUUCAUUUUAGUGGCAGUAGUUAGAGCAGAUGAGGCGGAGUGUAUCAUAGAUCUUUGUUACAUACGUGAAAUUGUGGAGGAAGGUGAAUCCUCCCUCUUGUAUCAUAGUAGGUUUCAGACAUAUUGCGGAAGUUCAUUGCUUCUGUCGUAACGAAUCAGUCGUCGAUGUAGCCUCAACUUCACAUCAGUAUCAGAAGUAGAGGAUUGAAAAUCAUGUGAAGUACUCCUGUUGUUCCUUAAGUCCGCGGUUCAAUGCCGAGGAUGAAAUUUUUGCGAUUCUUUUUGAUAUCGAAACAGUAUCCGAACCAUAUGUUUGAUUCUG